AUGGAUAUGACAUCAAGUGACAAUGACAGCAUGCAGUGCAAAGUUUCCAUGAUGUUCAACUUCUACACAAUCAACGCGUGUUUCCUGUCCACAGGUUGGAAGAUCGAGAAUGACGGAACAUUCGCUGCCACCUGCAUCGGGGUCGUUUUGCUCGUGGUUCUGGUGGACUUCUGUCGACGCGUCGGACGCGAAUACGACAACUUCUUAACCCGUCAGUUCCAGCGCCAAGCUCUGAACGGAAGCUUUGCCAAGACUUCCACUCGCCACGACUCCGCCAUCACAUAUCGGGUGACACCAUUACAGCAGUUGACUCGAGCUAUCAUUCAUGCAGUGACAUUUGCCGGAGCAUACAUGAUCAUGCUCUUGGCAAUGUACUUCAACGUGUAUCUCAUCAUCUGCAUUUUUAUUGGGGCCGGACUGGGCAAGUUCCUAUGUGAUUGGAUGGUAGUCACCAUUGGCGUUGAUAACCUUCAAGAAGCACCGCUGAUCGGUGGGACAGCCACGUGUUGUGAUUGA